AUGACAUACCACAUCGUAAUAUUUGUACAAGAAGAUACAGUUGAAGUUGUACCAUCUCAUUGGCUGUCAAAAGAUGGAACUACUUGUGCUUGGCCUCAUAGAAAUUUAGAUCCAAAAAAACAGAUUGAAAAAAAAACAAAUCCUAAUACAUCAGAUUUCAAUUGGUAUGAUGUUCGUAUUUUAGCAAAAGAUAUUGCAACUUUAAAAGAUGCCAAAACUAAAUGUAGUAAAGCAAUUCAUACCUAA